UAUUCACACGUGUUAUUGAAAAACUUGAGAUAAGAAUCAAGAUAUACCUAUUAAAAAAUAUUAAAUUGUGUGUUUAUCAAAAAAAUUGAAUAAUGGAUCAAAAAAAUUGUAAUGUUAAAUAUCCACACCUAGAUCAACAAAUUAAAACUCUUAUUGAUGUUUCCGAGAAAGUCUCAGAUACCGACAUUUUCAUUGAAAUUGCAAUUGAUCGAUUUAAUACAAAAAUUGAGCCUUCAGCUUAUUCAGAAUUUAUACGUAGAUCACUUGUAUUAUUCAAUAGAGAAGAAUCAUUCGAAGUUCGUGAAAAAUACUGGAGCUUUGUUGCUCAAAUGAUAAUCAAAAAAAGGUUCCCACUUUCUUCAUUCCAAACAGAGUAUUGUCAAAUGUUGGAAGAAACAACAGGCAAGGACAUUGAAUUUAAUGUAUUAUGGAUUUACAAAGCUGAAAUACUGAAGACAUUGAUAAUACAUGGUGCAUAUUCAUUUAAAGAAUUGAUAAGUACGACAUCAGGACUUAAAACAAGAGGGCUUGCUGGUAAACUUGUUGGAAAUUUACUAAAAAUUUUAGUAGAACGUGAAGGUAAAAUAUCAAUUGCUGCAAAAUGGAAUGAAAGUGGUAUUGAAUGGGAGUAUUUAUUUGAUAAAUCACUUGAAGAUCCAGAUGAUAUUAUUAAAGAAUAUGAUUUAAAAUUUUUAACAGUUGGUGAAACAGACCAACUAAGCAAACGAUUAUUAAAAUUAUUACGUAGUAAAACUGGUAAAACAAAAAAUUGGAUAACAAAAAAUGUUGUUGAAGAAAAAACAAAAGAACCGAAAUUUGUCAGAAUGCUUUUUACAGCAAUAUUAGAAUCUUGUAUUGACUCAAAAGAACGUUCCAAAUACUUUUUUGGUGAGAUGAAUUUUUAUCAACCAAAUUGUUCACAAGUUAUAAAUUUUUUACCUCUCAUAAGCGAUUAUAUUGAUCAAAAUUUUGAAUCAGAAUUACAAUGCUUACAUGCUAUGACUCGUAUGAAUCAUAAAUGCGGCAAUCCUCCAGGUUUUGUGUAUGAUAUCAUUAAAGAACUACAUGAAAGAAAAGUAAUAUCAGUCGGUGCAAUUUUAGCAUGGUAUGCUGGUACAGAUCCAUCUGAGUUGCUGGGUCAUCGUGAAGCUGUCAUGGAUCUACUCAGUAAACCAUUUUCUUUCAAGUUUGAAAAUGAUGAUGAUAACAAGCAGAGUACCACCUCAUCAAAGAAAAAAAAAUAAUUAACAAUAAACAUCCGUAGUAUAUAAACAUAAGUAUUAAGUACAAAUGAAGUAAA